AAAUCAAGCAAUUAUAUACCUACCUACAUUUUAAAUGUAAUCUAAUAUUCUGAUGUGUAUAAAAUUAGGAACGUAUAAUCAUUAUACUAAUAGUUCGCAUGAACACUACAGUCUGAUAGUUGUAAUUUAAAGAAUCUAAUGAAAUAAUAUUUAUAUUUUAACAAUGAUUUCUAUUAUUUUACAUUAUUUGUUUGAUAAUUUCACCUUAAUAAGUACUUCCGUGACUGUUUUACUUUUGUAUUAUUUUUCAACUUCCACGUACGACAAAUGGCAAAAAGCAAAUGUACCUCAUAUAAAACCUAUUCCGUUAUUUGGAAAUUUAGCGAAAACACUUCUCGGUCUUGAAAGCUUAUACGAAGGGUUCGAUAGAAUUUACAGACAGUUUCCGAAUGAAAAAAUUUGUGGGUUUUACCAGAUGAAAACACCAUACCUUAUGAUUCGAGAUCCAGAAUUAAUCAAUACAAUUCUCAUCAAAGACUUUACGCACUUCACUGACCAUGGUUUCUACUUGGAUCCGUCGAUCAAUCUUUUAUCAAAAAGUUUAUUUUUCAUGAACGGCCAAAGAUGGAAAAUUAUGCGACAAAAGCUCAGCCCUGGAUUCACGUCCGGUAAACUCAAAUUGAUGUAUGGCCAAAUCAAAGACUGUAGCAAAGAGCUAUUAAACUAUAUCAGUAAAAAAUCUAGUACGUCCGAUGAAAUUGAAAUACACGAUUUAUUAGGAAAAUACGCAACCGAUGUCGUUGGUACGUGUGCUUUCGGUUUAAAAUUAGAUAGUAUGACUGAUGAAGACAAUGAAUUUCGGAAGCAUGGGAAAAAAUUAUUCAAACCAACAUUAAGGCAGCUUAUCAUCAACAUGUUGGGAAUGAUUUCACCGACAAUUCCAAAUAAAUUGAAAAUUCAACAAUUUUUACCUGAAGUAAUCGAUUUCUUUGAUUCAACAUUUAAAGAAGUCAUUACGUAUAGGGAAAAAAAUAACAUAAACAGGAACGAUGUGGCACAAACAUUGAUGCAAGCCAGAAACGAACUUGUAUUGAAUAACGAUUCAUUCCCUGAAGAAAAAUUUACAGAUACAGAUAUUGUUGCAAAUGCGAUUCUUCUGUUUGUCGCCGGUGCUGAACCUGUAGCCGAUACGCUAGCUUUUUGUUUUUAUGAAUUAGCGUUGAAUAAACCAAUUCAAGAAAAACUGCGUCAGCAUAUUUGUGAGACAAGAGAAAAGCAUGGUGGAGAGUUCAAUCAUAGUUACUUAGCGAAUCUACAUUACGCCGACAUGGUUUUAUUGGAAACAAUGCGCAAACACAGUGGAGUUAUUGUUCUGUUUAGAGAAGCAACUAAGACUUACCCAGUCCCUGGCCAAUCAUUGGUUAUUGAAAAAGGACAAAAGAUAAUAAUACCGACUUACAGCUUUCAUCACGAUCCCAAAUAUUAUCCUGAUCCAGACAUUUUCGAUCCAGAAAGAUUUUCUCCUGAGGAAAAAGCAAAACGGCUUAAUGCUACUGAAUUAUUUUUCGGCGAUGGACCUCGUUUUUGUAUAGGAAAACGUUUGGCUGAACUAGAAUUAAAAUUAGGUUUAUCAGAAAUAAUUUAUAACUUUGAACUUUUACCGUGCAGCAAAACUGAAAACCCAAUACAACUUAUACCAAAAGGAAUGAUUGUAAAACCAAAGAAUGGCGUUUGGUUGACUCUGAAACCAAUCAUUAGACAAUAUGUACAGGAUCAUGUGAUAAGCGAUAGCAAAUGGCCCAAAAGUGCUUUGGACUCAACAGCUCUGCGAUCUGAAGUCAGUGUUUUGGCCACAGCCCCGUUGUUGCGACCUCCGAAAAUUGUUUUUUAUGUAAUCGGAUGUAAUAAUAUUUAUAUUUUAACGAUGAUUUCUAUUAUUUUACAUUCUUUGUUUGAUAAUUUCACCUUAAUAAGUACCUCCGUGACUGUUUUACUUUUGUAUUAUUUUUCAACUUCCACUUACGACAAAUGGCAAAAAGCAAAAGUACCUCAUAUGAAACCUAUUCCGUUUUUUGGGAAUUUAGCGAAAACACUUCUCGGUCUUGAAAGCCAAUAUGAAGGGCUCGAUAGAAUUUACAGACAGUUUCCGGAUGAAAAAAUUUGUGGGUUUUACCAGAUGAAAACACCAUACCUUAUGAUUCGAGAUCCAGAAUUAAUCAAUACAAUUCUCACCAAAGACUUUGCGCACUUCACUGACCAUGGUUUCUACUUGGAUCCGUCGAUCAAUCUUUUGUCAAAAAGUCUGUUUUUCAUGAACGGCCAAAGAUGGAAAAUUAUGCGACAAAAGCUCAGCCCUGGAUUCACGUCCGGUAAACUCAAGUUGAUGUAUAGCCAGGUCAACGACUGUAGCAAAGAGCUAUUAAACUAUAUCAGUAAAAAAUCUAGAAUGACCGAUGAGAUCGAGAUACACGAUUUGUUAGGGAAAUACGCUACCGAUGUCAUUGGGACUUGUGCUUUCGGUUUAAAAUUAGACAGUAUGGCAGAUGAAGACAGUGAAUUUCGGAAGUAUAGAAAACAAUUAUUCAAACCAACAUUGAGGCAGCUUAUGGUCAUCAUAUUGGGAACGAUUUCACCACAAAUUCCAAGAAGGUUGAAAAUUCAACAAUUUUUACCUGAAGUAAUCGAUUUCUUUGAUUCAACAUUUAAAGAAGUCAUUACGUAUAGGGAAAAAAAUAACAUAAACAGGAACGAUGUGGCACAAACAUUGAUGCAAGCCAGAAACAAACUUGUAUUGAAUAACGAUUCAUUCCCUAAAAAACAAUUUACAGAUACAGACAUUGUUGCAAAUGCGAUUUUACUAUUUAUCGCCGGUGCUGAACCUGUAUCUGACACGCUAGCUUUUUGUUUUUAUGAAUUGGCGUUGAAUAAACCAAUACAAGAAAAACUGCGUCAGCAUAUUUGUGAGACAAGAGAAAAGCAUGGUGGAGAGUUCAAUCACAGUUACUUAGCGGAUCUACAUUACGCCGACAUGGUUUUAUUGGAAACAAUGCGCAAACACAGUGGAAUUAUUGUUCUGUUGAGAGAAGCGACUAAGACUUACCCGGUCCCUGGCCAAUCAUUAGUUAUUGAAAAAGGACAAAAGAUAAUAAUACCGACUUACAGCUUUCAUCACGAUCCCAAAUAUUAUCCUGAUCCAGACAUUUUCGAUCCAGAAAGAUUUUCUCCUGAGGAAAAAGCAAAACGACCUAAUGCUACAGAAUUAUUUUUCGGCGAUGGACCUCGUUUUUGUAUAGGAAAACGUUUGGCUGAACUAGAAUUAAAAUUAGGUUUAUCAGAAAUAAUUUAUAACUUUGAACUUUUACCGUGCAGCAAAACUGAAAACCCAAUACAACUUAUACCAAAAGGAAUGAUUGUAAAACCAAAAAAUAUCGUUUGGUUGACUCUAAAACCAAUCAUUAGACAAUAGGUCUACUAAUGAUGAUUAUUGAUUAUAUUAAUCUACCUUUGUAAUAUAAUAUAAUAAUAGUAUAUUUUUUAUAUUUUAAUUUUAAUAAAUGAAAAGUGAUGUUUUAUGAAGACAGAUAACGGAAUACUUUUGUUAAAAUAGUAUUAAAACUCAAAUUAGAUAUAAAUAUUUAUAAUAAAAACUUAAAAAAUAUUAUUGUUGUAUACAAAUUUUGUUUUAUUUUAUUUUAUUAGUUGCUUACUCUUAAAAUGUAUAUAAUUUAAUUAUUUAAUAAUAUCAGCAUUAUGUAGUCUUCUAUAGUUCUAUAGAGAACAGAAUUGAUUGUAAAAUCAUAUUUUUAUUGAAAUGAGAUAUUUUUAAUCUGAUUAAAAAUGUUUAUGAUUUAGAUUAUUCUUAUAGAAAUAAACUCAAUUUUUUUUUUUACAUAUUUUUAAAUAAUCGGUAAAUACUAAAUAUUUUAGUAAUUUUUGACUCCACAAAAUAUUAUUGUCGUUCGUUAUUAAUUCUAUAAAAUAAACAAGUGACUUUACUAGAAAUAAGUGUAUGCCGUUCUCUAUCACUUAAUCAUAGUUGAAAACAAAAAAUUGUAGUUACUGAUCCAAUUGCACUAAAUAGCGUUUUAAUUGACUUUCAAGUUUUUCAUUAUGUACUUUUACGGUAGCCAAAAACCAACCCGUUCAAUAAAAUAUAGAGAAUAUUAUUCAAUCUUAAUUCGAUUUGAUUAGUUUAUCCUUGAUGGUUAAUAUAAAUGUACGCAAUAAGCCAUACGGUUACCUAUUCACAUAAUUUAUAAUACCUAUGCAAUAUGAAUGAAUAUACAUAUUUUAAGCUUUUUUUUUUUAUACAUAAUAAACUUCCACCACUCAAUGUCUUACAUAGAUAAACAACAUUAAGUUUCAAUGCAACGCCUGGUUAUUAUGUUUAAAAUUAAAAUAUUAUACAUAAAUUAUAGUUUUACCUAAUAGAUUUAUAUUGUUAAUUAAUUUGUUAUUGAAACUUUUUAUCAUAUCAUAUUCUGAGCGAAGCGAAAAAAAAAUAUCAUCAACUUCAGUAUGGACGUUUCAUAUAGCAAAUUGGAUUUAAAUUUGUACUUUGGUGUGUCAAAUUCGACAAAAUAUAAUAAGAACAUUUGUUAACAUUUUAAUAUUAUUAUUAUUAAUAAUUGUUUGCUGUUUGGUGACCGAUUAGCUAAUAAUAACAAUAAAUGUCUUUAUAUAUUUUUAUUUUCAGUUUUAGAUAUCAUUAUCAUUAAAAAAAAUUCAAUACUACAACACAUAAUUGCUAAAUUAAAUUAAUUCAUACUUUCAUAGUAUGAUAUUUUCAUAAAACAAAUACUUCACACAACAAUUUUGAAUCAUCGCAAGACAAAAAAAAACAUAUAAUAAUUUAUAUGAAUAUUAAAAAAUCAUUAACAUAAACCACUUAUUCAAAUUUACUAACUUAUAAAUUCCAAUAAAAUUAAGUAUAUUAAAAUAUUCAUCGUUCAAUCAUUGAGUACCUAUAUGAAUUAAAUAUUUAUAAAAUUUUGAUAAAUUGAACUAUGCAAACAAACAAAACUAUAAUCAAAA